AUAUAGUCACUCACUAUGCCAAAAGCGAAGAGUAUCAACAAAACUAACAAGCCGUCCGCUGCUUCUAACGAAGCGCACGGCAACAUAGUUGGAAGGGUCGCUGCUUCCGUGGAAGCGCCCCACAACACACAGGGGCCGGUCGCUGCUUCCUCCGUGGAAGCGCCUAGCCCUAGCACAUCGACCGCCACCGCCCCUAAUUCAUGGUUGGCUGGUGAGCAGGUCUGGCAGGUGGUCCAGCGGAAAAAAACACCCUUCGACAUGCGGAAAAAAAAUAAACGCACAGAGGAGAGGAAGAAACGCUGGGACCAACAAAACGCCGGCAGAAAGCAACCCCCCGCCGCAAGGCAGGGUGACGCCAAAAAGCCGCUAUCGACACCUAUUGCUGCAGUAGGCGCAAGGCAACCGAAUCGUCAGGGUGACAACCAGGGCGAGAGGGGGCCAAACACCGAACAAGCAGCACUAACUAGCGGACCCGCGGAGGUGAAAACCAAUGCGCACCGCAAACCCAGACGGAGACGAGGUGGCAGGGGCCAGGGAAAUGCGUUGCCCGCAACUCAGCAGGGCGACGUUAAAGUACCUAAACGCCCCCGCCCCAAUGAGACACAAUCACCUCAAGUACAGGUGAAGAAGCAAAAAGCGUCCACCAGCGUCGUUUCGGCGAGGGGAGCCGCCACCUACGCCGACAAGGUGGUCCUGAACGACCUCUUUGUGGCGGUGAUGGCGGAACCCUUCACCGACCUAUUACCAACGCAUGUGGAGGCUAUUACGAGCACUCUGGAGUCCUGCAUCAUAGGUUUAGCGGAUGCUCCGAGUGGAUCUAACAACAUCCCGUAUGUGCCCGCCUUCCAUGGAAAACCUUUCCACAGUGAGGGCGUGCUUAAAAUGCACUGCGAGGACUCCAAGGCUGUGGAGUGGCUAAAAGAAACUGUGGCCACUCUAGAGUCACCAAUCCCGGGGACAAUACUGGUUGUCAGGCGCCAGAAGGACAUCCCCAAGAGGGUGAAGUCUGCGGUCCUGUUGCCCGCUUGUAAUGAGGAGAUCGGGACGAUUCAACGCGUCCUGAUCUGUCAGAACAGGGGGUAUCAGGUCAGCAGAUGGUCCCUCUACAGCACAGAGCGCCAGGAGGGGAACACACCUGGUACUUUUCUGGUGCUUGGCAUACCAGCGGACGAGAUCCCCAACAUAAUGGCGAGAGGGCGAAGGCUCUGCUACAAGCUGGGCAACGCCUACAUCCGCUUCUUCGGCAACAAGGGAAGGUUGCAGGAAAUGCCACCCGACCAAGUUGAGACGGCGCCUACAUCCGGGACCUCCAGCGACCCCUCCGCUGCAAAGCAGAAGGUGCGCGCUGGGAAGGACCUGGUGAUGGCAGCGUCUGUGUCCACGGCUAACCAGCCAAUCUUCGCCGAAAGGCAAAGUGCGGUUGGAGAACCAAUGGUCACCCAACACUCCUCCGCCGAAAGGCAGAGGCAGGAUGGGAUGUCAGUUUGCUCGCUGACUACCACCGACGGAGACGCCAGUUAUGGCGAUCUGGAGGAGGCUGUCGCGCAUCUGGCUGACCAGGACAUUCCGUUGGGGACGGAUGAGGAAGUGAGCAGCCCUCUUCGCUCCUCCUCGCCUCACUAACUUCAUACAAGCCAACCUCCAGCAUAAACAAGCUGCAGCGGCCACCCUGCGUAGAGCACUGGAGGUAAACAACAGGACCAUCGCCCUUAUCCAGGAGCCGUGGAUAAGGAAGGACAGAAUCUGCGGUCUGAGCAACAUCGGAGAGACCUGACCACAGUCAGGCUCCGGAGCAGCUGUCCUAGCAUCCCGGAGGUAAUACUAGCGUCCGCCUACCUACCGGGCGACGCGGACGUACCGACGGUCGAGCUAGUGAACCUAAUUAGACACUGCGAAGACAAGAAGCUUGAGCUGAUCAUCUCGGCGGACGCGAACGCUCAUCAUACUAUCUGGGGUGGCGGCGCUUCCAAUAAAAGAGGUGAUGACUUGGUUGAAUUUCUAUUCUCCACUAAUCUUAGGCUCAUAAACAGAGGGUCCGAACCCACUUUUGUAACUUCCAGAUACCAAACUAUUAUAGACAUAACACUGUCAACGGAUAAUAUUUCGGAAAAAAUAUCAGAUUGGCAGGUAUCUAACGAACUAUCCAACUCGGAUCACAGAUGGAUAAGAUAUAAACUGAACGUGGACACCAAGAAGCCCGAACCUUGGCGCA